GUGAGCGGCGUCACAUGACGGCGGCAGCGCCGGGGCCAUCGGGUGCGCGGUGCUGCCCGCGCUGCCCAGGGCCGCCCGCCGCCUCUGUUCUCUCUUCUUCCUUCCCUCCAUCCCUCCUUCCCUCCGUCCCUGCACGGCCUCCACCCCGGCACGUCCCUGCGGUACAUCUUAAUUAUCAGUCAAGAUGGAUAUCCGAGGUGCUGUAGAUGCUGCUGUCCCAACAAACAUCAUUGCUGCCAAAGCUGCUGAAGUUCGGGCAAACAAAGUAAACUGGCAGUCAUAUCUCCAAGGUCAGAUGAUUUCAGGUGAAGACUGUGAAUUUAUUCAAAGAUUUGAACAGAAAAGAAAUCCAGAAGAAAAACAGGAGUUGUUGCAAACAGAAGGCAAUCAAUGUGCUAAAACAUUUAUAAACUUGAUGACUCAUAUCUCCAAGGAACAGACUGUUCAGUACAUUCUGACUAUGGUUGAUGAUAUGCUGCAAGAAAAUCAUCAGCGUGUUUGCAUCUUCUUUGAUUAUGCAAAACGUGGUAAAAACACUGCAUGGUCCUAUUUUCUGCCAAUGUUGAAUCGACAAGAUCUCUUCACUGUGCAUAUGGCAGCAAGAAUUAUUGCCAAACUGGCUGCUUGGGGGAGGGAGCUUAUGGAAGGCAGUGACUUGAAUUACUAUUUCAACUGGAUUAAAACUCAGCUUAGUUCACAGAAACUACGUGGUACAGGGGGUUCUGUGGAUACAGGAGCAGUCUCCACAAGUGAUAGUUCCCAGUAUGUACAGUGUGUUGCUGGAUGUCUGCAGCUGAUGCUCAGGGUCAAUGAAUACCGCUUUGCAUGGGUAGAAGCAGAUGGAGUAAAUUGCAUCAUGGGUGUCUUGAGCAACAAAUGCGGUUUUCAGCUCCAGUAUCAGAUGAUUUUCUGUGUGUGGCUGCUGGCAUUUAGCCCUCAAAUGUGUGAAUAUCUUCGUCGGUACAAUAUUGUCCCUGUGCUGUCAGAUAUUCUUCAGGAGUCUGUCAAAGAGAAAGUAACCAGAAUCAUCCUUGCAGCAUUUCGGAAUUUGUUAGAGAAAUCCACUGAGAGAGAAACUCGCCAAGAAUAUGCUCUUGCCAUGAUUCAGUGUAAGGUUUUAAAGCAGCUAGAGAAUUUGGAUCAGCAGAAAUAUGAUGAUGAAGAUAUCAGUGAAGAUAUCAAAUUUCUACUGGACAAGCUUGGCGAGAGCGUGCAGGACCUUAGCUCCUUUGAUGAAUACAGCUCUGAGCUGAAGUCAGGAAGACUGGAGUGGAGUCCUGUGCACAAAUCUGAGAAGUUUUGGCGGGAGAAUGCUGUAAGACUAAAUGAGAAGAAUUAUGAACUACUCAAAAUCCUGACAAAACUUCUGGAGGUUUCUGAUGAUCCACAAGUGCUAGCUGUAGCUGCUCAUGACGUGGGAGAAUACGUACGACACUACCCCCGUGGAAAACGAGUGAUUGAACAGCUUGGUGGUAAGCAGCUGGUUAUGAACCACAUGCACCAUGAAGACCAGCAAGUUCGUUAUAAUGCACUACUGGCUGUGCAGAAGCUGAUGGUUCACAACUGGGAAUACCUUGGGAAGCAGUUGCAGUCAGAACAACCUCAAACGGCCACCGCACGGAGCUAAACACUUCCGUCAGUUCAUGCAGUUUGUGCUUACAACUACAGUGUGUUUGUCUUAAAAUGAAUAUAAAGGAAAUACUGAAAUCACAUGCUCUUUGUCUGCUGCAGGUUAAUAAACAUUCCAACUUUCCUCUAGUGUUGUUGGCUUACUAAAAAUUUGUUUGUUCAACUAGUUCUGCUGAUUAUGCCUAUUAGCUUCUUGUUCUAUUCUGAAUGUAUAUGAAGAAAUGUGGCUAAUAUAUUGCAUUUGUUUUAAGUAUUUAUUCUCAUAAUAAAGACUAUUAUUAAAGGAUAUCUGUUCCUUAAUGGAUCUUAUAAUUAGCCUAGAAAAAUUGUUCUCUUUUUUAGUGGGUUAUCAGUGUUGUCACUUUCCAAGAUGAGCAAGUUAUCUCCUUUUGUCUCAGACGGAUUAGUAAAGUUUUGACUUAGUGUUUCACAGAAAGUGCAAUAGCCAAAGAAAUAUUGGUUAUCAGUAAUAAAAUAUAUACCAAGUCUCAAAAUAGUGUUAAAAUUGUAUAUAAAAGCAAAUGUAUGGGUGGGUUUUUUGGGGGGAGGUGGGGUAAUUCUCUUGUUAGAAACUGCAUUUAAAAAUCUGGAAAUGAGAAGAAGGAAAGAAAAUGAGCCCUCCUCCAUCAGUGAAAACAUACCCUCAAGGUUUUUAGUCCAGCUGUAUAACACCAGUGGUUAAGACUGUCGAUCAGAGAUCAAGUUGAAGGUGUUUUUUUUUUUCUUUUAAAUGUGCACGAACUGUCAAACCUGUAAUUUCAUGGAGUUUUUGGUUAUUGAAAAUACUUGUAAAUGUUAGAGUUCUGGAAUCAUUCUAAAAUCAUUUGUAUUUAUUUUAUAUUAAGCCACAUAAUUUGGCUAUCAAUAUUUUCUGUGUUUUGUAGCUUCUGACAGUAUAAAAUAUGUAAUCAAUAAAUUUAAGAUGAUCUUGGCUUGGCAUAUGAAAACAGUUUUGUUGCAUAGAUAGAAGCUUGGCUCCAGGCACUUGCAACACCAAGCAGUUAAUAUUCUUGUGAUUCAUUAUUAGAAUUUAAAAAAAUCCAAAAAAUGAACAUAACUCAAUCCUUAAUCUUGUCAGUAGUCAUUUGAGGUACAAGUCUCUGAGGAAGCUUAGAGUACCCUGUCAUCAAAUGAAAAGACUAUUUGGGAAAACUUUCCUUAUCCACUCUGCAUUUUCAUCAUGUGUAAUUAAAAAUGGACCACUGUUGCAAGGGAGAGAGAAGAGAGUUAGAGGACUACAGGUUGAUGAUUUCUUGGUCUGCUUAAUUAAAAUUGGAUUGUGUAGCUGUGCUGGCUUGAAGGCAAAACCAGCGAGAGACUCUUAAGUCAGAAAAAACAAUUUAAUAGGAGAGAAAAAAAGGUAAAAUAAAAUAAAAUGAAACACAUGCACUAGUACAAAAGAUCACAGACAGUCAGAAUACAACCUGAAACUGCGGUGGUAGCAGUCCAGAUGAAGUGGUCUUGUUGAAGCAGUGUUCUUGCAGAAAGGUCUGGUAGCUCUUGUCCUCUGGGAAUCCAGUGGGUAAGGCUGCCUGUGCUGUCCCAGAUGCCAGAUUAUAUCCAGGUGGGAAUACUUGGCUCCUCCCCCUGGGCGGUGCAUCUCACAAUGGGCUGAUAACCAUUUCCAAUGGGUCCUUGAUUGCCCAUUAAACAGAGACAGCUCCUGGAGGGAGUUAUCUCUGAGUCAUGCAGCAGGGCAUUGAUGGGCCAUUAACAGAAGCUAGUCUGGAGGGAGGGGACACGGGAAUCACUGCCCAGCCUAGUUUCAACAGCUCACAUAGAUGGUGAUAGAAUACAUACUUUGGGCGCAUCUUACAUUGUAACUUAGGACAGUAGCUCAAUGGCUAUUGCUUACUUUUGCAUAUAGAAGGUGAAGGCUUUGAUAUUGCAGUCAGUAUCACAAGGAUAGAUGCUGAAGCCUGAAAGGAAUUAACCCUCACUCCAACUAAAGUCAGUUUAUCUGAGUAGAUCUUAAUUCAGCUGUGCAGAUUCCCACAGUGCUGGGGGAUACUGGUGGUGUGGGAAGCAGUUGGGAGAACGGAGUGCACCUACACUGCCAUUCUUAUCUUGGGUCAGUUGAAUGCUCUUGAAAUGAAUCUCUGAGUCCUCCCUGCAUUUCACACUUCACUUUACAUUGCAUGGUGGUGUCAGCCCAUGAAUGGGGUUCUUCUCCAAUAAAGCUGGAGCUCAGGAUGUACAGUCCUGCAUGAUGUAUGUCAUGCUGUAUGUCCUGUGUGUAUUGACUCCGUGUUCCGGUUCUAUGGGACCAUUUAAGAUUUUGUUCGAAGUAUGGCCUUUAGAAAUGUGUGUGGAGAGAAUGCUGAAUUAGCACCAAGUGUCUUGCUCUACAAAUCAGCUUUUCAUGUCACGCUUGUCAAUGUAAGCAGCACCUAAGACUGCUAUAAAAGAUUGGUCCUGUGGUUACAGCCGUGAUCUUGGGUCCAAGAACUGUGACAUGGCAUUCAUGGGAAAGGAGUAUUUCCCCACCUUCAAAACCAAGUGUGUUAUUUCCUUUUCCAAAGGCAACACUAAAGCACUGCUGGGUAAGGAGUUCUGGGGUUGAAUUUUAGGAGUAAAUGUGAUGAGUACUACCACUGGAAACCUCUUCAGUUUCUGGAGAAACUAGAAAUAACCAAGGUACUCAUAAUGUGAAACAAAAUUGCUUACAGGGGUUGACCUGAAACAUCUGGGUAUUAUUUUCAUGUAUUAUACAAAUAAAUUCUCCUCUCCUGCUUUGCUAGUAUUAUCCUGUGCAUAAUUUAAUUCUUCAUCAUGUGGUGUGUUUCUAAGCUGUGUGAUACCUGGCAUUCUCUGACAUUUAGUUGCUACCUUGUGUCCAACUGCUUUCUAAUUAAAGAAAUGGUUCUGAAGUUUCA